UGGCAACCCCCAGUUGUGCGUGUAGGAAGAGGGAGCCCAAGGCCUGUAUUCAUACCGCUCGCGCUUCGGGUUAUUUAACAAUUCGGAUGAUUAUUCCUAAACAAAAACAACAUAUGACAUUUUUUUCCAACUAGCUGAUCACUUAUUUGCAGGUGUGGCAUUAGAAACGCUGCACUUUAAUCCAAAAAAUUUUUGAGGCUUUUCUUUUACAAAGUACGCGGAGGUUUAAAAAAAAAAAACAACAACAACGGCUAAGCUAGAUUUUUUGCUAGCAAAACAAACACACUGGAGAAAAGGAAAGACGAGUUUUAACUAUAACACUUUCUAAGAAAAGUUAAUAAGAGGUCAAUUUUAAGUUUUUCUCGAUAAAGGAAAGUAAUUGUAUCUAAAUAACGUAAAGAAAAAUAUAAAGAAAAUAAUUUGUGCUAUUUGUUGUUGUUUUAGCUAAAACCUAGCAUUAGCUCCGGCUCACUGACGAAUAACUUCAAUUUACAAUUAAACACCACACUUUAACAUUAAAAUAUCAUUAUUAUUACAUUAAAGUAAGUUAAACCCAGCACCAGGAUGAGAGGGAGCUCUUCAUACGGAGACAGGGACAGAGACCGCGGACGGGACAGAGGGCCCCGCUUUGGAUCUAGUCGUGGAGGUCCUCCUCCUCCUAAGAAAUUUGGGAACCCCGGAGACCGUCUGAGGAAGAAGAAAUGGGACCUUAGUGAGCUUCCAAAGUUUGAGAAAAACUUCUAUAGCGAGCAUCCAGAGGUCCAACGCAUGAGUCCGUAUGAGAUGGAGGAGUUUCGCAGAAAGAAAGAGAUCACCGUCAGGGGCUCGGGAUGCCCGAAGCCGGUGACCAGCUUCCACCAGGCGCAAUUUCCCCAGUACGUAAUGGAUGUACUGCUGCAGCAAAAUUUCAAGGAGCCCACAGCUAUUCAAGCACAGGGCUUCCCCAUGGCUCUCAGUGGCAGGGACAUGGUGGGCAUUGCACAGACUGGAUCUGGAAAAACACUCGCUUAUCUACUUCCGGCCAUUGUGCACAUCAACCACCAGCCAUAUCUGGAGAGAGGAGAUGGACCCAUCUGUCUGGUUCUGGCUCCAACACGUGAACUGGCGCAGCAGGUGCAGCAGGUGGCGUAUGACUAUGGCAAGUCUUCCCGAAUCAAGAGCACCUGUGUGUAUGGAGGAGCCCCAAAGGGUCCACAGAUCAGAGACUUGGAGAGAGGUGUUGAGAUCUGCAUUGCCACCCCUGGUCGUCUGAUCGACUUCCUGGAGGCAGGGAAGACAAACCUGCGCAGAUGUACCUACCUGGUGCUGGACGAGGCAGACCGCAUGCUGGACAUGGGCUUCGAGCCACAGAUCCGCAAAAUUGUAGAUCAGAUCCGCCCUGACAGGCAGACACUGAUGUGGAGCGCUACCUGGCCUAAGGAAGUUCGUCAGCUAGCAGAGGACUUUCUCCAGGACUACAUCCAAAUUAACAUCGGGGCUCUGGAGCUCAGUGCGAACCACAACAUCCUGCAGAUUGUGGACGUGUGCAUGGAGAACGAAAAGGACAACAAGCUGAUUCAGCUGAUGGAGGAAAUCAUGGCAGAGAAGGAGAACAAGACCAUCAUUUUUGUGGAAACAAAGAAACGCUGUGAUGAGCUGACUCGCAGGAUGAGGAGAGACGGAUGGCCUGCAAUGUGCAUUCAUGGUGACAAAAGUCAGCCAGAGCGAGACUGGGUCCUUUCAGAGUUCCGCACUGGUAAAGCUCCCAUUCUUAUCGCAACUGACGUCGCCUCUCGCGGGCUGGAUGUGGAAGAUGUGAAGUUCGUCAUUAACUACGACUACCCGAACUCAUCCGAGGACUAUGUACACCGUAUCGGGCGUACUGCCCGUAGCACCAACAAAGGCACAGCCUACACGUUCUUCACACCCGGAAACCUGAGGCAGGCCCGUGACCUUGUGCGGGUUCUGGAGGAGGCCCGACAGGCCAUCAACCCCAAACUUCUGCAGCUGGUCGACUCUGGACGCGGGUCAGGAGGAGGAAGGAUGCGUUAUCGUGGCUCCAACUCCAACAACCCUAACCUGAUGUAUCAGGAUGAGUGUGACAGGCGCAUGCGCUCCGUUGGUGGAAGUGGAGGGAGCAGUGGUAAGGACAACAGGGGUGGCAGCAGCUACAGCCGAGAUGGGCGCUCAAGCCGUGACGACAGAUCUUCUUCAUCGUCAUACCGCGAUCGUAGCCGGGACGGCCGGAAUAGUUACAGCUCAGGGGAUCAGUACCAGACGUACAACAGCAGCGGAGGUGGAGCUUACAACUCGAGAGGGGGUGGGAUGUCACAGACCGGGGGCGGCAGUAACGGUGGGACUGGUGGAGGGCAGCAGAACCAGUCGGGACCACCACAGGGGCCAUUCAACCAGGGUCCUCCCCCACCACCACAGUCCGGUGCCGGACCAGGACCACAGCCCCUGAUGGCCCAGCAGUUCGCGCCACCUCCACCACCUCAGCCCAUGAUGGGAUUUAUGGGUCCAGGGCCGUACUCGUUCGGUCCCCCUCCACCUCCCCCACCUCAGCAGCAAAGAAAGUAAAACUCUUUUUAUUUAAGAGAGAAUUGUGUCAUGUCCGUCUAGUAGUGGUACUUAAUCGCUCCUUGUCCACUACCAGAGUGAAGAAAGCUCAGUAGAGUUCAGUGUUUGUCUUUACCUGUAGACCCUUCCUUCCUCUGUCUUGAAGUGUUUUGGCUUUACAUUUUGAACAGGCCAGUCAUUCAGGGAUCACGGAGGUAAGGGUUAUGCAUGUUGUAUUAACUGUUCAGGCAUCAGCUUAUUAUUAUUGCAAGCUCCUCCUGUGCUUUGUCUGUGAAACUGCUAAGUGGUACACCUUGAUUUAAUUAGCCACAGAUUGUGGAACAUAAUUUUGUUAGGCUUGAAGGGAUAACAAUAUUUACCAGGUUUAGGAUCCUAGUUAUUAUUGCUUGUGCAUGCCACUUUGCUUUUCAUAUAUUUUGCUUUUGAAGCUUAUCCCUUUGGGUAACUAUGAUUUUUUUUUUUUCUUUUCUUUUCAACUGCUCUAGUCCAGUGUAAUCUAUAAGCGUUUCUCUUAGUGGCUUGUUUAGGCAUGUUAUAUCUGUUAGUCCUGUUUAAAAUAUUUCAUUGACCAUUUUGAUGGCACCUGUUUUUUUGUGAACCUGCCCGUGAUGUACAAUAAGGUUGAAUAAGCUCUACUACUCUAUUUUGAUUAUUUCUACUGUUCUUAUUUUUUAAUAAAGGCGUUAACCUAAAAAAAAAAAAAAAUUG